GUCGCUCUUUUUGGUAUCAUUUCUAACAUCAUCAACAUCGUUGUCUUUUAUCAAGAAGGCCUGAAGAGCACCGUCAACAUUUCGCUCACGGGACUCGCGCUAUCCGACCUCGGCUGUCUGCUCUUGGUACAAUGGUACAACAUCUGCUUUAACCCGCUGUUCGCCGGGUCGGGGAUCCCGCUGGUUCUGUUUGAAUUCCAGCACCUGACCGCGGGGGUCCCCCACCUCUGCUUCACGCGAGUCACCGGGUGGAUCACCGUCUACAUCACGGCUGAACGAUGCCUGUGUAUCGUCACACCGCUAAAAGUCAAACGACUCCUCAGCCCGGCGAGGUCGGUCCUGAUCAUCUGCUCGAUCUACGCGCUGACGGCCCUGACUUUGUUGCCAGAAUACAAGAGUAUGUACAUCGAUUGGAAGUUCUACCCAGGAUCCAACAGGACUUUACUGGGAUUGAUUCAAAAAGCAAACGUUCAACAUUUGAAUGGUCUGACGAGCCUACUGUACGGCUUACAAAUGAUCUUCAUUUUCGUCGCCGUCGGUGUAUUAACCGCAGUAUUAGUCAUAAAACUCAAGCUUCAUUCAGUAUGGCGGAAUAAAUCGGUCUCAAACUCCGAUCAGUCCUGUGCGAUGUCCAGUAAAGAUAAGAAGAUCAUGAGUGUCAUCAUAACCAUCGCUGUCUUCAUGAUCAUUUUGUACACCCCUUCCGUCAUAUUUACUGCGUACGCCUUCAUCGAACCUGAAUUUUCCAUUGGGGGCAGGUUGGCAAACGUUUACCUGGCAGCUGCCUCGUUUCUGGUGCUGCUGGAAGUGAUCAACUCGAGCUACACCAUUGUUUUGUACUACUUUAUGAGCUCAAAUUUCCGAAAGCGUUUUGUACAAUUAUUCCAGUGA